AUGAUGCAAGAAGAGACAAAGCCCUUCUUGCAUUUGCCCGGAUCGGACGAGAGCUCAAGAAACGGUGGUGGCUCGGUGUGGUGUGUCGUGCCUGGAAUCCAAGAGAAAGUCUCCCCAUCGCCAACCCCAUCAAACACGCUUCAAGCGGUCUCCUCCACCUCUCCCGUUGCCGCUUCUUCUUCUGGUCUUUCCUCAUCAUUCAUGCCAUCACUACCACAAUCACUCGAUCGAUCAACCAUUUCCGAUGUAGCCGCUGUUUAUGGCCAAUCAUCAUAUUACAACUCGGGCUACUCAGCUACUGGAUACGGGGUUUACGGUCCAGCGGCUACAGCAUCGUACUAUCAACAGGUUGCCGGCCUCGCCUCGGCACGAGUCCCCUAUCUAGGCACUCCAGCGUCAGCCUACGCAUAUAGCACAACACCGUACUCUACUGCGGCCACAGCGGCAAAUUUCGACUAUUCCGCCUACAAUCAACAAUAUUAUAAUUCGGUGCGCAAUGGAUAUUAUGGAGGAUUGACGGGAAAUGGAGGCAAUGGAACGAGUAGCGCGUAUCAGACCACCUCGAACGACACCUCAACCGAUCUGACCGCUUUUACUUUAAAAGCUGAGCCGAAAAAAGGGAAAUCUUCAAAGAAGAAAAAGGGAGGGCUGAACAGUGCAAAUGAGGGACAAUUCGCUAGGGUUUUUAUUUGGGAUCUCUCUGAUGUAUCCGUGUUCACACAACAAGCAUUCGCGCACGUUUUGUCGAAGGCCGGUUUCGCCCUGUCACCCUCGUUCUCUCAGCUGAAACUCUUCGUGCAACAAGUGGCCUCGUUGAAUUUUCCCCCGGAUCAAAACGAGGACAACGAGUUGUCGAAUAUCGAAGAUGCGGCAAUUGAAGAACAAGAACCUGUCGCCAGCGAGCCGGGCAACUGUGUGCCGGAGGGUCGGAGUGGGGCUGAUGCGAUGAGGCGGCUAGCUCACAGAUAUAUUGCCCUCAAACAGUUGUACUCGCAAUUCGCCGGAAAUCUGGAUGGAUUAUAUGAUUUGGUGCCAUCGACGAAAAAAGAAAACAUUGACGAAUGCGCUAGACAGAUUGACAGUCUUUUGGGUGGAAGGCACGAGGGAGCGGCGAGGUGUAUCCAUUUGGUGGCACAAAGAUCAGCUCUCUCGAGUAGCUCAGAAAAGUAUGGGAAUGUCUUUUUAAGUUCUGAAGGUCUUGUCAACGGGAUUGUUCAGGUCCUUCUGAGUCGUUUCGGUCAAUCAGUCCCAAUUGAGAAUGUCUACAGUUGUGUGAAGACUGGCAAAGAAAGCUGUUUGGAGAGGAUUGCAGCUCGUUUUGGGAAAAAGUGCUCCUUUGUGGUGAUCACAGCAAACGGGGACACGAUGCAUUUGGCGAAAAAGGAAGGUAUGCCAGUGUGGCCGAUUACGAGUGGCGGGGUCGAUCUGGAAAAGCUGUUCACCGCUCAAUCCUCUUACCUUCUAGGUCGAGCUCGA